CUAAUCUACACGAAUGUAAAUAAAUGAUUUGUUUUACCUCAGGGCGACUGUCAAACUCAUUUGUGACGUCACAUGGACAUGCCCUAUGACAUAACGUGACUUUCGAUAGGGGGACAAACAUGUCAUUGAGGUUAUGUGUGAAAUGUCAGCUAGCACCUUCUUCUUUUGAGUUUAACACUGCGUUAGUGCGACAGCACUCUUACGCAAUUUUGGGUGAGUCUACUUACUGCCAUGUGUUGUGUUUUCAGUUAAAUUUUGUUCAGGGAAAGGGAGGGGAGUGAGAAAAGGAUAGGGAGGAAGGGAAAGAAGGGAAGGGGAUUUCAUUCACUAGAAAAGAAGUUAUCGUCAAAUAAAAAUUUAAUUAUAUCAUUUGUAUGGUUAGUUACUUUGUCAAGAAACCGCGUAUGUUUCUCAACAAGGUACUCCUAGAUUGUAUUAACGCUCAGGUCUGUAUGUAGCUCCGCAUUGCGGACAUACCACGGAGCGCCGACUAUCCUACGGAUUACCUUGUUUUGAAACACCUGCAGUUUUUUUUUAUUUUGACGUGUUGUCUGUGAAAAAACUGUUGCACCGUAAAGUAAUGUAGAUCGGAUAAAGCUAGCACCUAAUUGUGUUGAGAUCAAUAACAUCAUAAUACGUUUCACUUUGGUUGAGAUUCCACGUGUUGGGAAAAAUACGUCGAACCGUCCGAUACGAAUUAUCCAUUGCUGGUUGUUACGAUUACCCAUUUCAUCGUCCAUGGAAUGGGGGCUUCAAAUAUCCAGUAUCUACCAGCAAAAAAUUGUCAAGGAAAAAUGUCAAAAUGAAAUAGAUUAUGAAAAAAAAUGGCAAAAUUCUUGUAUGAUCUCGGCAGUUUAAUGGUGGGCAUAGUAGCGGGAGCUUUGGUGGGUAAAUACGCAAAAGAUAUCUACACGAAAAUCACCACCAUAGAAGAUGACGACGAAUUAGCCGACUAUGAAAAAAGAAACUACGAAGUUAUUUGCAGCGAAGACGAAGACGAUUGCGAGUGCGAAGAUGAGGACUACUAAUCAACUUGACGAAUAGAAAGUGUUUAAAAUCGCGUGCGCCCGGCAGUUUUCCUCAAUUGAUUUCGUGUAUCUAAAUAAUAGCGUGCCUCAAAAUAAUAUGAACAAUUUUCAAUCGGAAUUUCCAUAGCUUAUUUUGCUGUUAUAGUCGAUGUCGUUGGCUUUUUCUAUACUAUAUGCUAUUCAUUCUACGUUGAUUUUUCCUUAUUCUUUGACAAAUAUGGGAGCCAUUGCGUGUUUUUGUUCAGCCAUUACAUUUUAUAGUAUUUUUCCAUCAAUAAAAUACAUUUGUACCUAAAAAUAA